UGGAUAAACGAGACAGCAAGCAAAUUACUUACGGAGAAGCGUCGACGCAGACUCUGAAUCGGCGGCUACGACCUCGCUGGCGUGCCGCGCACAAGAACGACGAUGACGUCGCUGAAGAUUCCGUCCAUCGAAGAUAUAGAUGAGCAGGAACUGAUGCAGUUCGAUCGGCAGAGUCAGUUCGACAGCUCCACGAUGGAGCGGCUCCUCCAGGCCGAGCAGAGCGUGCGCAAGGCGGCCCAAGCCACGAUGGACGCGUCCAACAUGAUGAACUUUAACAGCAAGGCAUCGGCCUCCAGCCUCAUCAAAUCGACGUCGUCGGCCGGGACAGGAUUUGACGAAGCAUCUGCAUCGUCGUACGCGUCGUACUGCGUGCCCGAGCUCGUUCCACCGAGUACCGACAAAUCCACACCGGUCUUGACCUCCGCAGGAACCCCGGUCGCGCCGACCGCCCCACUCCCUCGCCUAAAGUAUCCCACGCCUGCGCACGGAUACAACAUGAGCUUCGAGAUCCCUCGCAGUGAAGACGGGUCGACCGCACGCGCUGCGUCCUGUGCAAUCACAUCGGAUCAAAUCGACGGCGACGGACCGCCUGUCGUGCGUAAGAUGCCAAGUCAGCCCAUCUUUGGCGUCAAGGGAAGCAGCAGCGGUAGCCUUAAUGGGAGCUCGAGCGUCGCAAACGGCUUGCCGCCGCCAGUCCCUGGGGCAGCACUCUCGAAAGGCAGCGACUCGAUCUACACGUUCACGGUGAAAAAGGCCGACAACAUUUUGGACCAAAUGAGCAAAAAGUCAACGGUCCUCGUCCAAAUCGACACCCACCGGCGGAUGCUGUGCUUUUUGACGCCGACAAAUCCGACGGAAAAGGAAGAGUUUUCCUGUGCGGCGGUCAAUGCAAAGCCGUAUCAAAAGUUUGGACUUCACUUGCGCAUCGAAAAAGGCGGGCAGGCGCCCGUGAUGAACCGGAAGAUUACAUUCUUUGGCGCAGACGACCGGGACCGAUUCAUGGAAGCGCUCGAGCAGGGCAAAGUCAUGUACAAAACGCCCAAGAAGCUCGUGGUCAAUGGCAGCCACCACGGAUUCUCCGCUAGCCACAUGGCCGGGAACGAGUCGAGCGACAGCUUUGAGGACCUGGACCAGUGGCUCAUGGAGUGCAGCCACACGAGUUUCCCCGUCCAGGACCCCGACUUGGAGCUCACGCUACUCGAAGGCGAACACGUCGUCGAACACGUCCAGCGCGUGACCAACAUGGUCGUGAUCUCGCAGAAAGAACGCGCCGUCCAAGGCGUGAUGAAGAUCACCAACUAUCGCAUCGCGUUCAUGCCAUACGACACGUCCGCGCGGUACGGAUCGUUUGAGGUACCGCUCGCGGCGCUCCUCCCGAUCAGUCGCGAGGGCCUCAAGCUGAACCUGCCGUGCAAAGAUCUGCGCAAGAUCUGCCUCGCCAUGCACGACGCGUACACGCACAAAAACUAUUACGACGCUCCGCCGCAGACACCCGACGUCCGGUGGAUUCAAAUGCUCAUGACCAAGAUGCGGCCGCAGAUCUCGAUCUCGUCCUUGUUUGCGUUUACGUACAAAGCGGCCAAGGUCGAAGCCGGCCAGGUCGCGACCUCCAUGGACAUGAACCCGUGGCUCGUGUAUAGCCCCAUGAAGGAGUACCAACGGCUUGGGUUCCUCAGCAACGACGACAGCGCGGCCAACGACCCGAACGCCAUCACGUGGCGACUGCUCAAAAAUCCCAAGUGCCGGUUCAGUCAGACAUACCCUCAGCUCAUGGUCGUCCCGUCCUGCAUGACGGAAGAACAGCUCGUGCAUUCGGCCCGGUUCCGUUCGCGCGGCCGUCUCCCCAUCGUCGUGUGGCGGCACCCAGACAACAAGUGCGUGCUUGCGCGAUCUAGCCAGCCCAACUACGGUCUCCAGUCCAAGCGGUGCGAGGCCGAUCGCAUUCUUCUCAAGAGUUACCGCGACAGCGCCAACAAGAACAGCGGUGGCGUUGCCCCGCCAUUGCACAUCGUCGACGCGCGAAAGAACUUGGCGACCCAAGGCAACCGGUUCAAGGGCAAAGGCGUUGAAAACUCGAGUCAUUACGACAGCGCCGUGGUCGAGUUUCUCGGCAUCGCCAACAUCCACAAGAUGCGUGACUCGAUUGAGUUGCUCCAGAAUCUGGUCCAGCCUAGCGUGAGUGACGACGGCCACAAGGGCUUCCACAGCAAUUUGCACGAAACAAGAUGGCUGAAACACAUCAUGAAGAUUCUCGCGGGUGGAUGCCGCAUUGCACAGAUUCUGCACGACGAAGGCGCGUCGGUGCUCGUGCAUUGCAGCGACGGAUGGGACCGGACGCCGCAGCUGUGCGGGAUUGCCCAGCUUAUUCUGGACCCGUACUACCGCACGAUUCGCGGGUUUGCGUGCCUGCUCGAGAAGGAGUGGUGCUCAUUCGGCCACAAGUUUCACGAUCGCGUCGGCGUGGGCAAAGACGCGGCCGACAUGCCAAACGAGCGGUCGCCGGUCAUGCUUCAGUUCAUCGACUGCGUGUGGCAGAUGACGCACCAGUUUCCGACGGGUUUCGAGUUCAACGAAAAGUUUUUGCUGCACAUUGUCGACUCGCUCUUCUCGGGGCUGUACGGGACGUUCCUGUACAACUCGGAGCAGGAGCGGCUCAAGGUCCACAUUUGGGAAAAGACCGAGAGCGUAUGGGCGCCGGUGCUCGAGAACCCAGCGACGUACACGAAUCCGCAGUUCCAGCGCACGUCGCGCGUGCUGUUUCCGCGCGCCAACUUGAAGCGCGUCGUCCUGUGGGAAGGGCUGUACUUUCGAUGGGACCCCGAGAUGCACCCUGCGUACGUCGAGUCGCUCGAUCCGCUGUUCAAGACCCAAGAUGCGCACCAGGGCAGCGCGAUCACGUCCGCGGCCCUCAUCGACGAGUUUCGCUUGGAAGAAAACCAUUUGUCCCUGUCGGCGACCCACGACCGCGCCGACACGGCAGUGUACUUGUCGGAUGCGUCGUCACUGAGCGAGAAUGACGACGACGACUACCCGGUGUCGAGGCCGACGAUGCGGCGCAAGUCGAUGCAGCAAACGCAUGGCCUGCGCAACGGCUCAUCAUCUCAGUCACCCCACAAGGAUGAUGACACGCAAGCGAUCAAAGCUGCGCUGAAUGAAUUUGCGUCGCAGGCGGCCGACCGCGCCCGGGAACGAACCAAGGCCAACAUGCUGCGAGAGACCCUUGCCAUCAUUCCUGACAAGAGCCGCGUGAAAUAUUUAGAGGACCUGCUCUCCGAGAGCGUAGCGCGGGAACUGCAGCUCGAGGCCCAACUCAACGCAUUGCAUGGCCACCUUGGUGGUGGAGCAGGCAAAAGGACAGACGACGACUGAGGCGCCUUCGGAAGCGGCGGCGCUACCAUGUUCCAUCCAUGCUACAUGGCCCGAACGACCACUAAUGCAACACAGAUCUGUCCGUUUACAUCUUGUCCGGUCGAAUUUCCUCGAGACGGUGGCUGGUUUCAUGCACCAAAGACGAGUUGAUGGUGGUCGUGAAGGACACGCGGUUGCGUUCGGGUGCGCCAUCGUCAG